CACUGGAUGAGCUUUUUUCGGCGAUUUCUUGCCGCUCCUUCGAAAACUGGUGGUGCUUCGGCCCUCGGCUCGCAAAAAGCCGGUUUUCCGGAAGAAUCUCCCCCCGUCUGCAAAAAUGGCGCUUGUGUUGCCUCACGAGGUCUGGCGAGACCAGGUGGUGUCCAAUCUCGGCGUCUGCGACGUCAGCAGGGUCAGAUCCUCGUCACGCCCCAGCGGCACCUCCGUCAUCGGCUGUGAUUUCAUCUUGCGGCGCAUCGACGCAUUGCUGAGGCGCUAUGGGCUGAGUGGGCUGAUUGACGUCGAUAGACAUGGCGGGGCGGCUGGGGCGGCUCCGCUGCCCGGCGGCCUCUCGCGCAUCGACUACCUGUGCCCGCGUGCUGUAUCUGCUGGAGCGUGGUGGCCGUCGGUGGGCGUGGCUGGGCGGCUUCCUCCGCUUGGCGGCCAUCUAUCGGCUGACCCCCACGAUGCCUCUGGUGAUAUCGGCUGAGUGGGUGCAGCAGCACUGGCCCAUCAGGGCCGCCCUGCACCAGCUGCAGCUCUCAUUGGCCGUCUACAAGACCAUCGGCCAUCUGCUCAGCUACCAGGGCGACAGCCUGGCCCUGACCACAGACGAGCAGACUGGCGAGAAUGGCGAGGUCAGUCACAUCAGACGGGACAUUCACGAGUGACGUGUGCUGUCGUCAUGCCGUUGCCAUACGUCUGUGUCUGCAGGAUGGUGGGCCUGACGAGAGCAGUGGCGAGAAUGAGGACCGCCAGGAGGGCGAGGUGGCGGAGCCGAUAGAGCAGGAUGGUGACGAGCAGGUGAGCGACACGUGCUGCACUCCUGACGCACACAGACGUGUGGAUGCCACGGUAUCGACCUGUUGUAGGAUGAUUUGAUGGAGAGUGUCCCCGACCAAGGGCAGCACGAGCCUCCCCUGCCUCCCUGCCCCUCUGCCUCCGAAUACGACACCUGGCACUGGUGCCGCAGCGGGGCUCCCCCCUCACAAGAAGGCGAUGACGAGAGUGACGAGAGUGAUGAGAGUUACGAGAGUGACGACAGUGACGACCACCACAACUAUCCCCACAAGGUCGGCGAUGUGCGGUUCUGCAUUCUGCCGACCGAUGAGGCCCCGGGCAACCAGCCCUACGACACAGACGACCCGGCCGUUGAGGAGGACGGUGUUUUCCGCUACUCGUCAUCCUCGGCCUUCAUGACGGACAACCUCAUGUGCUACUGGUCCGGUCGCGAAGGAGCCGAGGAUGAGGCAGCGGGCGACCAGGAGAUCCUGAUGGCGUCAGUCCCACGCAAUGAUGCCCGUCUUCGGUCCCUCAUGGCCACAGAGGCCUUCGGCGACUGCAUCGUGGCGGACACGCAUGACGAGGAUGGGGGGGAUCUGCCUUUGGGACGCACCGUGGUGCUGUGUGGCCACCGGUCGAAUGAGACCGUCGCUGCGCACCUGCGAGUUGCGCGUUGGAGCACACACAUUGACAUAGAGAUCUUCACGACAGAGGGGUGUGUGGGUGGCGGUGUGUCUGUGGAUGAGUGCUAUCCCAUUACCGUCCGCCAUGCCCGUGAUGUGCUCAGACGAGUCAGACUAGAGAGGGAGGUGGUAGACCAGGGCAGGCGCAUGGAUGACGACGACGACGACGACGAGUAGUCACCCACGUUGCCUGUUCGUGGGAGGCUUCGCGCGUUGAGUGUGCGCCUGUCUGUCUGUCUGUCUGCCUGUCGACUCGUUUUGCUGUCCGCUCAGAGAUGGACGGCCUUGGCCUUCAUUCGAUGAGUUGUGUUUCAGUCAAUCCUGCGUGCCA